UGAAUGUAAAUCAUUGGUCACUCGAGCGGCUAGGCAUAAAUCAGCUGAAAUCAGUAUAAUUCAUCUGUUUUUCUUUUGUUUUUCGCGACGUACGUCCUAACUUGCUGGUAUUCGCGAAAUAGGUACUAGUUUUUUUUUUUAACUUUGAUGCGAACUUAUCUUCACAGGAAAUUAGUUGCACGUAAAGUAAAGAAUUUUGCAUUCUUCGAUACAGAUUUCUCUGUACCUAACCAAUUGUGAUAACACCGAACGUAAACAAAUCUUUAAAACGAUGAAAUAGCAAAGCAGUUUAUUCUUAAAUGUAUCGUUUAAAUAUAUUGGCAGUUCUAGCAAUUAUUACUGUAAUUGAAGUAUCAUAAAGGAUUCAGUGUUUAUUUCGAAGAACGUAACAAUUAUAUAUCGGUUUAAAACAAUGAGUGAAUUUAAGUUGCAUCAUUUGGUGGUUGAACUGAUUGGACUAUUAGGGUCAACUUCGGCUCCUGAGAAACACAUAGAAAAAUUACAAAUAGAAGGUAUGCCUACAAGCGCGAGUGCUUUGACUAUUGUUGCUUCGCAAAGCUGUAUUCAUAAUUUGGCAAAAAGUUCGCCUGUUCCUGAAUUGUUUCUUCAAAAGUAUGAAGAAUUAAAAGCAAUAAAGGUAGAUUUAUUAGGUUUAUUCGCCCAAGUUUUGGAACUUAUAUCGAAAGAUAAAGAAUUGAAACGUUAUUUGGCUAAACAAGCAACAGCAUUAGCAUCAAAUUCUACCAAAAAUACUGCCAUUACUACAGAAGAUUUACCACAGAUUUGUAAAAAUGUAAUCAAAGCUGCUGUGGAAGGAGAAAAGAAGUUAAAUAAACACGUAGGUGUGAUUGCAAAGAAAACAGAACCAUCCAUAGUAAAACAUAACUGGGUUCACGAAAGGCCUCGAAUAACGUGGGACUUCUAUAAUGAAACAAAUAUCAUACCGUGUCAAAAGGUUGUGCCUGUGGUGUCUCAAGAAUCUAUAUUACUUUGGGAUCUUUUGUAUUGUCUAAAAGGUAUAGAUGGUACCUAUAUAGUUUCCGAACCAUUAACGGCUCCGUAUGCCUUGAAAACAUUUAGCAUCUCACCAGAUGUUUGUAUAUCGUAUAAACAAAUGUCGCAACAAAUAUUACCUCUUGCUUCGCACUAUUCAAUGACGGUUAGAUUUGUUGAAGAAAAAGUUUUACCAGACGACGGACAAGUUAAUCACGCUUUGAGGGGAGCCAUAAAAAGUUUACUCAGAGGUUAUUUAUUAUUCGUUGUACAGUUGGAAACAGAACAUGUUCGUGGUAAAUUAAAUUUACAGAAAUUGUGGUUCUAUAUUCAGCCUACCAUAAUUGCAAUGUCUAUUUUAUUUCAAAUUACAUCUACUAUAUGCAAGGCAAAUGCAAAAGGUGGAAAGGUACUGAGUCUUCUACACGAGCAAACAAACAAUAUUAGCGGCGAGGCAAAGUUUAAAGAAUUAUGCAUGUUCCUCAUACAAGCUGCGAGCGUUCCGUACAUGCAAAUAUUGGAAAAAUGGGUAUACAAAGGUGUUAUAUGCGAUCCUUAUGAAGAGUUUUUCGUGGAAGAUAACGAAUUAAUUCAAAGAGAAGAAUUGCCUAUUGAUUAUUCUGCGGAUUAUUGGGAGAAAAGGUAUACUAUGAGACCAGAGAGAAUACCUAUAUUUCUCAAUGAACACGCGCAAACGAUUUUAAGAACUGGGAAAUAUUUUAACGUAAUUAGACAGUGUGGUAAAACAAUUCAAUGGGGAAAACAAGAACCUUUAAUCUAUCAACAUCAAGGGAAAAAAUACUUGGCUGCUAUUGACAGAGCGUAUUCCGAAGCUGCGAAAACAUUAUUAGAAGUUCUCAUAUAUGAAAAUGAUUUAAUGGGACGACUUCGUAGCGUGAAAAGUUAUUUUCUUCUUGCACAAGGAGACUUUGUAGUGGAAUUUAUGAAUUUGUGCGAAACGGAAUUAAAUAGAAGUAUGUACGAUAUCGUCAUCCAUCGAUUGGCAUCUCUUCUUGAAGUUGCGUUACGCAUGUCCACUGCGGACUCUGAUCCGUAUAAAGAUGAUCUGAAACCUGAACUUCUGCCAUAUGAUCUUCAGUUCCAAAUGUUUAGGAUACUUUCCAUUCAAACUAGAGAUGAGAAAGAGUACAAUUUCCAAACUGACAAGACUUUAACCGGUCUGGAAGCAUUUGUUUUCAACUAUGACGUUAAGUGGCCUGUUUCUCUGAUACUUAACAGGAAAGCGAUUGCUUGCUAUCAAAUGCUAUUCAGACAUUUAUUUUAUUGCAAAUACGUUGAGAGACGCUUGUGCAGAGUAUGGAUCUGUAAUAAAAUUGCGAAAACAUUUACCCAUAACGUAGCAAUGUCGUAUAGGAAAGCAUUCUCUUUGCGGCAACGAAUGCUCGAUUGUAUUCAACAUCUAGCAUAUUAUAUGAUGGUCGAGGUUAUAGAACCAAAUUGGCUUACAUUUUUAAACAAAAUGAGCAAGGUUAGCAACGUAGACGACGUUUUAAGCGUGCACCAAGACUUGCAGGAUAGUUACCUGAAGGAGUGUAUGCUUACAGAUCCCGAUCUCCUUGGUUUCAUCACGGGUAUUUGUGCUGCUUGCAUCGACUUUUGCAAUUUUAUGGAGCGUAUGAGCCCAUACUACAUUGACGCCGAAUUGACUUCCAUGAUUGGUGCCUAUCAGGAAGAUGUCUAUGAUUUCGAGGAUGAAAAUGGUGAUACAUCCAAGGAAAAUGCAGGAAGCUUCGAAGAAACGAUUGUAUCGCUAGAUGAAAAAUUUACACAAGUAUUGAUACGUCUUCUAGACAGAAUCUGCGAUCUAGGAUGCGAUAACAACAAUGAAAAACUCUUAAACGUGUUUUGCAGGUUAGACUUCAAUUCAUUUUAUACCGAGAUUUUGAUACGACGUGGAAGAGAGAAAACAGCAAUACAGGAAGAGGUCUCGGGUUAAAUAUGAAACAUUCACGUAUGUUGAAACAUUAUUUAUAUAGAGAUUUAUACAUAACACAUUUUUUAAAUAACUGAAUUGUAAAAUAAUUCUCAUUAAUUAAAUAUUUAUAUACG